CUCCGAGCGUGAGCGGGACCAGAGGAGAGCCCGGAGCAGGGAGCGGAGGAGGAGGGACAGCUCCAAGUCUUCCGUGUCCUCCGUGAGCUCCCCCUCGCCGCCCCUGGAGACGGGGCAGCAGCUGAGCCUCCAGGAGCGCCUGAGGCUGAAGGAGGAGAAGAAGAAGCAGGCUGCGCUCAUGAAAGCCUUGGAGACGCCCGAGGAGAAGCGGGCUCGACGGCUGGCCAAGAAGGAGGCCAAGGAGAGGAAGAAGCGGGAGAAGAUGGGGUGGGGCGAGGAGUACAUGGGUUACACCAACACCGACAAUCCCUUUGGGGACAACAAUCUGCUGGGCACCUUCAUCUGGAGCAAGGCACUGGAAAAGAAAGGAAUCAGCCACUUGGAUGAGAAGGACCUGAAGGAGAGAAACAAGCGAAUCCAGGAGGACAAUCGCCUGGAGCUGCAGAAGGUGAAGCAGCUGCGCCUGGAGCGAGAGCGGGAGAAGGCGAUGCGGGAGCAGGAGCUGGAGAUGCUGCAGCGGGAGAAGGAGGCAGAACACUUCAAAACCUGGGAGGAGCAGGAGGACAACUUCCACCUGCAGCAGGCCAAGCUGCGGUCCAAGAUCCGGAUUCGGGAUGGGAGAGCGAAACCCAUUGAUCUUCUGGCCAAGUACAUCAGUGCAGAGGAUGACGACCUGGCUGUGGAAAUGCACGAGCCCUACACCUUCCUGAACGGCCUGACCGUCUCCGACAUGGAGGAUCUGGUGGAGGACAUCCAGGUUUACAUGGAGCUGGAGCAAGGGAAGAAUGUGGACUUCUGGAGGGACAUGACCAUCAUCACUGAGGAUGAGAUAGCCAAGCUCCGCAAGCUGGAGGCCUCUGGGAAAGGAGGACCAGGAGAGCGUCGGGAUGGCGUCAAUGCCUCGGUCAGCUCCGAUGUGCAGUCCGUGUUCAAGGGGAAGACGUACAACCAGCUGCAAGUGCUGUACCAGGGCAUUGAGAGCAAGAUCCGGGCAGGAGGCCCCAACCUGGACAUUGGGUACUGGGAGAGUCUGCUGCAGCAGCUGAAGGCUUACAUGGCUCGGGCCAGGCUGCGGGAGCGGCACCAGGAUGUGCUGCGCCAGAAGCUGUACAAGCUGAAGCAGGAGCAGGGUGUGGAGAGUGAACCACUCUUCCCCAUCAUCAAGCAGGAGCUGGCCUCCCCCAGCGACAGGUAGGAAGCCCUUCCCUUGGGCAGCAUCUAGGGCUCUCC